AUGGAAGCCUUCCCAUUGUCAUACACCACAAUUCUCGUUGUUGUGGCUCUCUCAUACCUUAUAUAUUCCACAUCAAUCAGCAUUUCUCAUAAGCUUCGCGCACGACGCCUGGGCUGCAAACCAGCAUACGCGCGGCCCGGCUGGCUGUUCCUUGGUAUUGGUGCCCUGAGACGCUCUAUUAUCGCGGCAAAAGAGCAAGUACUUCAAAAUGAUGAGGUUGCCGUGUAUGAAGAGCUGGGCUGUCGUCCGACAUGGGUCCAAAAUAUCUUGGGAGGAUGGUAUCACUUUACAGCAGACCCAGAUAACAUCAAGGCUAUACUAGCAACGCAGUUCAAAGACUUCGAACUGGGACCGUUUCGAUUUAACCUGCUGGGCCCGCUGCUCGGCCACGGUAUAUUCACGACCGAUGGCCAAGAGUGGCAGCAUCAUCGAGCUCUUCUACGCCCGCAAUUCACUCGAAGCCAAAUCUCAAACCUAUCGCUCGAAGAAACUCAUGUCCAGCAUCUACUGAAUCGACUGAGUGCUGGGUCAGAUUCAUGGACAGCUGAGGUGGACUUGGCGCCACUGUUCUUCAAUCUCACUCUGGACUCAGCCACCGAGUUUCUCUUUGGACAAAGCGUCGAGUCACAAGUCACUUAUGGCACAAAUUUGGACAGUUCUAACCCCGAUAAGCCUUUAAAACGUGGCAGUGGAGAGACAGACUGGUCCUCCUUUGGUCGAGCAUUCGACAGAGCCAACGCAACCAUUGCAAUUCAAGGCCAACUAAUGGACCUCUACUUCCUGUAUUCUCCCAAGUCUCUCACAAAAGACUGCCAGGAGGUUCACCGACUGGCGGACUAUUUCGUCCAGAAAGCUCUCAAAGAAGACCCAGAGACUUCAGAUAAGGACGGUGAAUCCAGUGGACAUGGUUAUGUCUUCCUACGCGAGCUCGCCAAAACCACCAGAGACCCAUACAUGCUCCGAAGUCAACUACUCAACAUCCUACUCGCAGGUCGGGACACAACCGCCGGUCUCUUGGGCUGGACUUUCUACCGGCUCGCCAGACACCCCGACUACUUUGCAAAGCUGCACACUGUCAUUGUCGAAACAUUUGGGAAAUUUUCAUCGAACACAAGCUCCAUCACUUUUGAGUCUCUCAAGUCAUGCCACCACCUACAGCACCUCUUAUCCGAAGUUUUGCGCCUGCACCCCGUCGUUCCAGAGAACAGUCGACGAGCUGUGAGAAACACGACGCUGCCUCGGGGCGGUGGUGAAGACGGCCUGUCUCCAAUUUACAUUCGCAAAGGUGAGGAGGUCAUUUACAAUGUACAUGUUAUGCAUCACCGGAAGGAUAUCUGGGGCGAGGACGCUGACGAGUUUCGACCUGAACGCUGGACAAGUCUCAAGCAUGGCUGGGAGUAUUUACCGUUUAAUGGUGGGCCUCGUAUUUGUAUUGGGCAGCAGUUUGCGUUGACGGAGGCGGGAUAUGUUGUUGCACGGAUGCUGCAAAAGUAUGACAAGAUUGAGAACCUUGACCCAGAUCCGGUUAUUCGGCAUCAGUAUACGCAGACUACGGCGCCGGCCAGGGCUUUGGUUAGGUUGCAUGAGGCUUCUCAUGAGUAG